AUGGAGCAGUCCUACAGAUCCACAAUCUCCAUCUACAAGAGCAUCUUGGAGCAGUUUAACCCUGCCCUGGAGAACCUGGUCUACCUGGGCAAUAACUACUUACGUGCUUUCCAUGCACUGUCUGAGGCUGCUGAAGUCUAUUUCAAGGCAAUACAGAAGAUUGGGGAGCAAGCCCUGCAGAGCUCCACCUCGCAAAUGCUGGGUCAAAUUUUGAUGCAGAUGUCUGACACCCACAGGCAUAUGAACUCUGACCUGGAAGUAGUGGCUCAGACAUUCCACGGCGACCUGCUGCAGCACAUGGAAAAAAACACCAAGCUGGACAUGCAGUUCAUCAACGACAGCCAUCAGCGGUAUGAACUGGAGUACCGGCACAGGGCUGCCAACCUGGAGAAGUGCAUGUCGGAGCUGUGGAGGAUGGAGAGGACUCGAGACAAAAACGUCUGGGAAAUGAAGGACAACGUGAGGCGCUUGCACUCGGAAAUGCAGGCAUUUGUGUCUGAGAGCCAGAGGGCUGCCGAGCUGGAGGAGAAGCGUCGCUACCGCUUCCUGGCUGAAAAGCACCAGCUGCUCUCCAGCACCUUCCUCCAGGUCUACAGCAGGGCCUGGGGCAUCAUCCAGAGCAAGGUGCCAAAGUGGAAGGAGCAAUUGGAGGCCAGCCGCAAUCCAAGCAGCAGACACUCCCCGAGCCUGCUCAGUGCCUCCCAUGGCCAGGGGUAUCCGUCAGGCCGCCUGACCCCCAGCCACCUCGACAUGCCUCAGAGGCCUCUGGGAGAUUUUGGCUCAGCCAUGACUGGACGUAAUUCAAGCCCCUUCCUCCAGGAGCCUGCAGAACUUCUUAGACCCUCUCCUCAGCCAGAGCCAACCAGGAGAGGCCUGCAGAAGACUUCAUCUGCUGGCUCGCUCUCCGCCGGCCAGCGCUCGCGCUCCAGCUCCUUCGGGGAGCGGGCAGGAGGAGGCGGCAGCGUGUUGAGAGUCCAGGCAAUUGUGCCCCACUCUGCUGGCGCCAACCGCACCUUGCUAGGGUUCAACUUCGGGGACGUCAUCACGGUGCUGAUCCCAGAGGCGCAGAACGGCUGGCUGUACGGCAAGCUAGAGGGAUCAUCCACGAGCGGCUGGUUUCCCGAAGCUUUCAUAAAGCCCCUGGGGGGAGUAAGAGACCCGGAGGAACCACCCACCAGGUCCUUCCCGCUGCGGAGCAGUCACAGCAUGGAUGGCCUGGAUUGCCCCAGUGUCCCGUCAGCAGGAAAUUACCGACACAACGCUGCCCUGCCCCAGUCACCAAGCCCUUCUCCAGCCUCACUUGGUGCUGGCAGCCGCCGGAGCAGCUUGGCUAGUGCUGCCGCUCCUUCAGAUUCCAAGAAGUCAGCUAUGCAGGAGCAGCCCCCAGAGCUCUUCCCCCGCGGCACCAACCCGUUUGCCACGGUAAAGCUGCGCCCCACCGUCACCAACGACCGGUCGGCACCCAUCAUCCGGUGA